AACGCACCCCACAGCCAAGCCAAGCGCCAAGAUGCCGAUCGAUAUCAACCGCCUGCGUCCCGAGCGUGGCGGCGACCCGGACGCCGUGCGCGCCGACCAGAAGAAGCGCUUCCUGGAUGUGGACAUCGUGGACAAGGUGAUCGCGCUGGACGAGCAGUGGCGCAAGAAGCAGGGCGAGGUGGAGACCAUUAGCAUGAAGAUGAACGCGCUGCAGCAGGAGAUCAAGAAGCUCAGCAAGGCCAAGGAGGACUUCAAGGCCCUGAGCGACGAGCGCAAGGCGCUGGCCGCCGAGCUGCCCGAGAAGAAGAAGGAGGCCGACGCGCUCAAGCUGCUCGUGGACCAGGAGCUGCCCAAGAUCGGCAACGUCGUGGACCCGACCGUGCCCGUCUCGAGCAACGAGGACGAAAACAUUGUGGUCAAGAAGUGGGGCGCCCCCAUCCAGAAGGACGGCCUGCACUUCCACCACGAGGUGCUGCACCGCAUUGACGGCUACGAGCCCGAGCGCGGCGUGCAGGUGGCCGGCCACCGCGCCUACUUCCUCACGGGCUACGGCUUCCUGCUGGAGCAGGCGCUCAUGUCGUACGCCACGUCCUUCCUCAUGAAGGCCCAGUACAAGAUGCUCAAGCCGCCCUUCUUCAUGAACAAGGAGGGCAUGGCUGCCGUCGCGCAGCUCGACGACUUCGACGAGCAGCUCUACAAGGUCAUCGGCGAGGACGAGAAGUACCUCAUUGCCACCUCCGAGCAGCCCAUCUGCGGCUACCACCGCGGCGAGUGGAUCACCGAGAGCUCCCUGCCUCUGCGUUACGGCGGCUUCUCCACCUGCUUCCGUAAGGAGGCUGGCUCGCACGGCAAGGACACGUGGGGCAUCUUCCGUGUGCACCAGUUUGACAAGGUGGAGCAGUUCUGCAUCACGGACCCGGAGAGCUCCGUUGCCAUGCACGAGGAGAUGCUGCGUCACGCCGAGGAGUUCUACCAGUCGCUGAACCUGCCGUACCGCGUGGUGAACAUCGUGUCUGGCGAGCUUAACAACGCUGCCGUCAAGAAGUACGACCUGGAGGCGUGGUUCCCCGCCUACAAGGAGUACCGCGAGCUCGUGUCCGCCUCCAACUGCACGGACUUCCAGUCGCGUGCCAUGGAGAUCCGUUGCGGCGUCAAGAAGGAGAACCAGCGCGAGAAGAAGUACGUGCACAUGCUCAACUCGACGCUCUGCGCGUCCACGCGUACGGUGUGCUGCAUCCUAGAGAACUACCAGGACGAGAACGGUGUCAAGGUCCCGGAGGUGCUGGUGCCCUUCAUGGGCGGCGUCACCUACCUGCCCUUCACCCGCGACGUCAAGGUGAACGUGCAGGCUGUCAAGAUGCAGAAGGCCGCCAAGAAGAAAAGCGGCAAGCAGUAAGCGCAUGCUGUAGAUAACGGACCCCGGUGGGCUUUCGUCGCCUGCUCAACACGUUACCAUUGCGCUUGUUGCCGAUGACCUCGCCUCCGUCUCUCUGUGGUUCUCUGUGGGUGGCUAGAUAGCUCUACUGCGUGUACAUUUGCAUGUCGUUUGGUUUCCGACUAUCCACGUAAUCCACGUAGUGCAUUCUUUCGUACAUGU